CGACACGACCACAGCAGCAGGAAGUGUAGGAACUGACCCGUUGCUGUUGAUAAGGAAUGACCUGUACAUUAGAGAAGGUUCUGGCCGAUGCCAAAUCACUGGUGGAGAGACUCCGGGAUCAUGACAGUGCUGCUGAGAUCCUGAUUGAACAAACCACACUGCUCAACAAGAGAGUGGAGGCCAGAUCUCAGUAUCAGGAAGAGAUCGAGGUGUUAAACCAGGUUGCGAGGCAUCGGCCACGUUCAACUCUAGUCAUGGGAAUCCAACAGGAAAAUCGGCAAAUACGAGAACUACAGCAAGAAAACAAAGAGCUGCACACGUCUCUGGAGGAGCAUCAGUCCGCGCUGGAGCUGAUCAUGAGCAAUACAGGGAGCAAGUGUUUCCGCCUUCUGAUGGCCAGCAAAAAAGAGGAUCCCACCAUCGUCACGCAGCUCAGAGAAAGCACACGAACGUCAGAGAUGCAAGCGCACAUCGAAAAAAUCAACGAAAUGGCCACGGUGAUGAGGAAAGCCAUCGAGGUGGAUGAAGGACGACUGUGUGAGGAUGAGGAGAGAAUCAAACGCCUGGAGCUGGAGAACAGUGGCCUGCGAGAGCUUCUGGGAAUCAGUCGAGAAGCGUUCUUUUUCUUGCUGCUGAAGAGAGACGAUACAUCAGACAGCAACAUCUCUGUCACCGCUGCUCACCAAGCACAGACAUCAGCCCUGAGGAGAGCUGAAGACAAAACCAGCGUUCAGGGAUGA